AUGGAGAAUGGCUCCCUCUCCCACACUGAUGAAUACCAUAUCGUAUCAUCAUCUGAUUCCAGAAGAAGACACGGUGGUUGGAUCACUUUUCCCUUCAUCAUCGGGGCUACAUUAGGCUUGACACUUGCGGUGGGAGGAUGGCUCUCAAAUUUGAUAGUAUUUCUGAUUCAAGAAUUCAAUGAAAAGAGCAUCGAUGCUGCUCAGAUUGCAAACGUGGUUGACGGUUCUUCUAGCUUUUUCCCAGUCCUUGGAGCUAUCAUAGCCGACUCUUUCUUCGGUCCUUUCCUGGUCAUCUCCAUAUCUUCCUGCAUUUCCUUGCUGGGUAUUGUUCUUCUAAUAUUAACGGUAACAUUUGAUUCGUUGAAGCCUCAACCUUGUGUUAUGGGAUCAGAAAUAUGCCAAUCAACCUCAUUUUGGCAAUACACAAUCUUGUAUACGGGUGUAACUUUGGCAUCACUUGGCAUUGGAGGUACACGUUUUACCCUAGCAACAUUCGGAGCAAAUCAAUUCGAUAAUCCUAAACAUCAAGCAACUUUCUUUAACUGGUUCUUCAUUAGCAUAUACUCUACCUCAACGUUGGCUAUAACCGUCAUCGUGUACAUGGAGGACAAUUUGGGUUUUAAAUGGGGUUUUGGCCUAGCUGUCGCUGCCAACGUUAUUGGCAUGGUCAUUUUCUUAUCUGGAACCCGAUACUACCGUCAUAGUAAGCCUCAGGGGAGUCCAUUUGCCGGUCUAACUCGUGUCGUUGUUGCUACUACUCGAAAAUGGAAUCUCCAGCUCUCAUCUGAAAGCAAAGAUUAUUGUUACUAUGGGGAAGAGGGAGAGACAAACGGGGUCGCUACAACACCUAGCGGGAGCUUCAGUUUCCUUAACCGUGCAGCACAGAAAGUUGAAGGAGACGUCAAACCAGAUGGGACAAUUGCAAAGCCAUGGAAACUAUGCACAGUUCAACAAGUAGAAGAUUUCAAGACCCUUGUAAGAAUAAUGCCAUUAUGGUCGACAAGCAUAUUCUUAGGCACCCCAAUAGGAAUCCAAGGCAGCUUGACUGUCUUGCAGGCUCUAACCAUGGACGGUCACCUAGGCCCUCAUUUUCAAAUACCAGCUGGGUCUGUUAUGGUCGUCCUUCUACUAUCCAAUAUCAUCUUUCUCGCCCUCAUUGAUAGAGUACUAUGUCCGAUGUGGCAGAAGUUAACCGGCCAUUUUCCAACACCCCUCCAACGUAUCGGAUUAGGGCAUGUGCUAAAGGUGUUGGCCAUGGCGGUUUCAGCUCUGGUGGAGUCUAAAAGGCUCAAAAUUUCCCAAGACCAUCCUGGUGCAACUACUGUCCCUAUGUUGGCAAUGUGGCUCUUCCCACAAUUGGCUUUGGCAGGCAUUGGAGAGGCAUUCCAUUUUCCAGGACAAGUCACGUUGUAUUACCAAGAAUUUCCUUCGUCGCUGAAAAGCACAGCAACAGUGAUGAUCUCGUUGGUCAUUGGGAUUUCAUUUUAUUUAGGAACAGGUUUGAUUAAAAUGGUUCAGAGGGUUACAAGAUGGCUACCAGACAACAUAAACGAUGGGAAGCUAGAGAAUGUGUACUGGAUGCUAGUUAUAAUUGGAGUGGUAAACUUUGGUUAUUAUUUAGUGUGUGCCAGGUUGUACAGGUAUCAAAAUGUGAAGGAUACAAAUGAUAGUUCGGAUGGUUAG